CUUCGUUGCAGUCCUGAUGUGAGCGGGGCCCGGCUUGAGGGGCCCAGGAGAAGAAGAAGGAGCGGGGAGAUGAAGAAGGACGUGAGGAUCCUGCUGGUGGGAGAACCCAGAGUUGGGAAGACGUCACUUAUUAUGUCUCUUGUCAGUGAAGAAUUUCCGGAAGAGGUUCCUCCACGAGCAGAAGAAAUCACAAUCCCAGCAGAUGUUACGCCAGAAAGAGUGCCAACCCAUAUAGUGGAUUAUUCAGAAUCUGAGCAAAGUGACGAGCAGCUCCAUCAUGAAAUAUCGCAAGCAAAUGUAAUUUGCAUAGUAUAUGCCGUUAACAACAAGAAUUCAAUUGAAAAGGUGACAAGCCGAUGGAUACCGCUCAUCAGUGAAAGAACGGACAAGGAUAGCAGACUGCCUCUUAUACUGGUUGGGAAUAAAUCGGAUCUGGUGGAAUACAGCAGUAUGGAAACCAUCCUUCCUAUCAUGAACCAAUACACUGAGAUAGAAACUUGUGUAGAGUGCUCAGCCAAGAACUUGAAGAAUAUUUCUGAGCUAUUCUAUUAUGCACAGAAAGCUGUUCUGCAUCCUACAGGGCCCCUAUAUUGUCCAGAAGAAAAAGAGAUGAAACCUGCCUGUAUAAAAGCUUUAACUCGGAUCUUCAGAAUUUCAGAUCAAGAUAAUGAUGGCACCCUUAAUGAUGCAGAGCUCAACUUCUUUCAGCGAAUCUGUUUCAACACACCAUUAGCACCGCAAGCUCUGGAAGAUGUCAAGAAUGUAGUCCGGAAAAAUCUCAGUGAUGGAGUUGCAGAUAAUGGUUUAACGUUAAAAGGCUUUCUUUUUCUACACACACUUUUUAUUCAGCGAGGGAGACAUGAAACAACUUGGACAGUAUUGCGUCGUUUUGGAUAUGAUGAUGACCUAGAGCUCACUCCAGAGUAUUUGUUUCCUGUGUUAAAAAUACCUUCUGACUGCACAACAGAAUUGAAUCACCAUGCAUAUCUAUUUCUGCAAAGCAUUUUUGAUAAGCAUGAUUUGGACCGAGAUUGUGCUUUGUCUCCUGAUGAGCUCAAAGAUUUGUUUAAAGUUUUCCCUUACAUACCGUGGGGGCCUGAUGUCAACAACACCGUUUGUACAAACGAAAGGGGCUGGAUAACAUAUCAGGGAUUUCUGUCUCAAUGGACAUUAACUACGUACUUGGAUGUUCAGCGCUGCCUUGAGUACUUGGGAUAUUUAGGAUAUUCAAUAUUAACGGAACAGGAAUCUCAGGCAUCAGCAAUUACAGUGACUAGAGACAAGAAGAUUGACCUACAGAAAAAACAGACUCAGAGGAAUGUAUUCAGGUGUAAUCUAAUUGGGAUGAAAGGCUGUGGGAAAAGUGGGGUCCUCCAGGCACUGCUUGGAAGAAACCUAAUGAGACAGAAGCAAAUACGUCCAGACCACAAAUCUUAUUAUGCAAUUAAUACAGUCUACGUAUAUGGCCAAGAAAAAUAUUUACUGUUGCAUAAUGUGUGUGAAUCUGACUUCUUAUGCGAUGCUGACAUCGUAUGUGAUGCUGUAUGCCUGGUGUAUGAUGUCAGCAAUCCCAAAUCCUUUGAAUACUGUGCCAGGAUUUUUAAGCAACACUUCAUGGACAGCCGAAUACCUUGCUUAGUGAUAGCUGCCAAGUCAGACCUGCAUGAAGUUAGGCAGCAAUAUGGUGUUUCUCCAGCGGACUUCUGCAAAAAACACAAAAUGCCUCCACCACAAGCCUUUUCUUGUAACACUGUUGAUGCACCCAAUAAGGACAUCUUUGUUAAGCUGACAACGAUGGCCAUGUAUCCCCAUGCCCGGUUACGCUGUAUGUGCACCUGCAACAGGUGUACAUUUUGCAUCUGUCAGAACCUCCUCAACUCAGACUUGCUGCAAUCUGUAAAGAACAAACUCUUCACUGCAGUUCUUAACAGGUUGAGAGCCCGUGUAGAUGAGUUGGGUGCCAUCCUGUUAUCAGACGAGGAGAGCAGUAUUGUUCACCAGGUGCACGCCGUCAGCUCUGUAGAAGAUUCCAUCUUCAUGGAGUCAUCCCUUGAUCCACAAUUCCUUGAAGACAGGCAUGUGACACAAGCAGACCUCAAGAGCUCUACCUUUUGGCUUCGUGCAAGUUUCGGUGCUACGGUUUUCGCUGUUUUGGGCUUCGCCAUGUACAGAGCAUUACUAAAGCAGCGAUGAUCGGGAAGGAAGCACAUUUGGGGG